CAGCAGUGUUUUUGCCCACUUCUGAAGAAUAAGAUUGAAGAUUUGAAAGAUACUUUGAGAAAGGUGAUGGCAUUCUCUGGUUUACAUGGUUGCCUAUUCUUUGGAUGUUUUGUUUUCCAACUGGCUAAUUUAUCAACAGGCUUCAAUGUUGUGCAAUCACCACGUUUCCUGGGAAUAAGAAGUGGAGCCACAGUGUUUCUUUACUGCAAGACUGACUCUCCAGAUGCAGUAGAAGUGAAAUGGUGGAAAAGUACAGAAAACGGCAAGGAGUUGUAUUCGAAUGAUAGUGCUGGAAUCAAGGAGUCAGAUAGAUCAACGAUACACAAAUUUAUGAUUACUAUUACAACAGUCAAAAGAGCUGACAGUGGAAUUUACUACUGCGAUAUUAAAGUCAAUAACAAUACAAAAAAUGGUUCUGGGACUGAGCUAAAAGUACAUGCUCGUAUUCAACCAGAAGAAAUCACCAGUCAGAACACAAUGAAGGAUGCAAUCAUUCUGAUACAGGGCUUUCUCCUGUUAGCCUGCGGGUGUGUUCCAUUUCUACUGAAUCUAAGCAAGGACGAUGCAGAAUCAGAUAACGGAGAACUCGAGGAAGAACAUACUUACGAGGGCUUGGAAAUUGAAGAGAAUGAAAAUGCAUAUGAAGGUAUUGUUACUGUACGGAGAGAUGGAGAGGCCAAGUGGAUUUAUGGAGAGCAUCCUUGUCAAGAAUGAGGAAUUACUUUACCGAUGUGUAUUUUGAAAUGUGUCCAUUGGAUCAGUUGUGUCACUGGGACAAUUUUGGGAAAGGGGGUGUUGGUGGGGCCAGGGUGGGGGGUAACAUGAACAACUUGCCUUACACAAACCAGCCAGGAGUUGUCUCUCCUGGUGUACAUCACCUGCAGUGCUCAACUUGGAUUUUCCCAAACUAUCAAAAUAUGACUUAAUCUGCAUGGCACUGUCACUGAAAUAGACUCUGACAUGAGAUCCCAGUAGCCUGGUGUAUCUCAGUCUUUAGCCCUUGCCUUUAUUCCCUCUUGUCGUAUUGGUUAAAUUAUUUACAGUAGCAUCAAAUUAAAUAUUCUUAUUUUCUUACUGUUCCCUUGCCUUUUAUGAUGUUUGCAAUGAUUACUUUGAGUUCAGGAGCUGCCCUUCAGUUCUAGUUGCCUGCCCUAGACAUUUAUUAGGCAGGCUAGAUCAACCAAAGGGGUCCUUAUAUUAGUUUCAACCAGCACCUUCUAUUACACAGCAAUGUUUUACCUGAAAAACUAAAGAAAACUCAUUCCGAAGUGGCAGAUCACUAGAGGGUGCUGGCUGUCUAUACAGACACUCUGGAUGAUCUAGCCUAUGUUGCAUACAUCAAUGGCUGGUAACUAGAAUUGAAGAGCAGGAGAAAGGACCCAUCUUAAAUCACGAUAUUUUAAUAAUUGCAAUAAGAAUCACUCAGAAUGACUGCAAACAUCUUUAAAAGGAUAGAUGACAGAAAAAUGGACUCUAGUCUAAGUAUAAACUAUAAAUUAUCCAGUAGGAUGAGUAUGCUAUAGGUUCAUGUGGAAUAUGCAUGGUAGAUGGUUGCUAUAAAUCUGUACAGGGUGGCAAUCUCUGUGAAAACAAUAUGAGACACCAAUGCAUAAGAUUAGGAAUUGCUGUCACUUCAUAUGAAAAUCAUUUAUUAUCAGGUAACAUAGGAGUAAUAUUUUGUUUAUUUUCAGGAUAACAUGAUUAUUAAAACUGUAGGCUGUUUAUAUUUAAAGUAAAAAUUACUUAUUUUCAAUAUUUUCACAUACAAUUUGAAAGAAUUUCACAUAGAAAGCUCUCAUUUAGGCAAAAAAACCUAAAAUGCAGUGGCAGAGUUAAACAGUUUCCCUUUAGUAAAUAAGGGAACUGUUUCAAUGUUGUGAAUGGUCCUUUUAGAAAUUAUAAAAUACAUUUCUGGAGAAUGAGAAAUGUCAGCAAAAACAAAAUGGUAAUAUUUUUUUCACACUUAUAAAUCUUUUUUACUACUGAGUGUUAUGCUUGUUUAUGUGUGUUUGUAAUGCUUUAUUAAAACAAGUUAUGUGUAUUCAUUUAUCUAUGAUACAAACAACAAUCUACAGUUUCCUAUAAACAAUUAUUAUUUAUUUCUUAGCAGACGCCCUUAUCCGUUUUUCAAUCAACACCCUAAUACUCUGUUUCACAUUUUAUUUAGUGUUUGGAUUUUUGGGAUCUUGUGGUACCGAAGGAAGUGCUGUACUUUUUAAAAUGAAAAGUUGAACUAUAUAUCAAUUCAAUGGGCAGCGGGCAGUGAAAAGAUUCACAGAGCUUAAUUAAGCAGAGGGAAAUGGAUUUUAAAACUGCAGUUACUGAAUUGGAAUUAUCAUUACUAUAGUUUAUCAAGGGCAGCAGUGUGGAGUAGUGGUUAGGGCUCUGGACUCUUGAUUGGAGGGUUGUGGGUUCAAUCCCAGGUGGGGGACACUGCUGCUGUACCCUUGAGCAAGGUACUUUACCUAGAUUGCUCCAGUAAAAACCCAACUGUAUAAUGGGUAUUUGUAUGUAAAAAUAAUGUGAUAUCUUGUAACAAUUGUAAGUCGCCCUGGAUAAGGGCGUCUGCUAAGAAAUAAAUAAUAGCAAGCCAUCCUUUUUGCCUAUUACAAAUGCACUGUCCAAAUUCCUACUGUAACAUCUAUUCUUAUAUUUGUAUUCCAUUAGUUGUUUAUACUGUGUGCAAUGAACUUUGAUGUAGGCCUAUUUGUUGUGUUUU